AAUUGUUUCCGGGUCGCGACGCGACGUCCUAAAGUUUGGCCCAACUCAAUUCCAUGCUCAUGACAAAGUUGCUUUCCACCAAAUCAAAGUUGUCUUCUGUCUCCUCGGAUUUUGAAAUCUAUAACCCUUUUCAAUCAAUUGCUCUCUUUUUCCAAUGAUGUCGCCCAAUCGUUGACUGAUUUAUGACUAGCACCUUGCACUGACCUUCCAAACUACUGGAAAACUGCACAUGUGGAUAUAAGAAAGCUACAAGCUAGACGAUGCGCGGACCGAGGGUUGUCGUGACUUUAUCACAGUUCUAUUAUGGCUAUGUUAUACGACCUUCAGCCAUAUGUCACCGAUUUGUCUGACACUUCUGAUGAAACCGAGCCUCAUGAAACCAUGGCAUCGUCUACUAUGCCCUCGUCUGAGAGUCUGAUCAUGGAUAGGGACAAGUACUCUGAUAAGGACAUACAGAUUCUAUACCAGGUUGUAACACGAGCCGAAGAGAUAUUAAACGACUACACCCCUACUUCUCGUCUACCUACCCACGCCUUAUAUAACGCUUAUGAUGAAGUCCUCCCUCAGUACGGAAUCAACCCGGACGACGACCGCCUUAUUAGCGAGCUCGUAUUCAAGGUCGGGGGUGUUAGAAAUACCGAUUCGCUUAGGGAGAAAUUCAAGACCGUCAUGUCCCGGUUAGGAAUCACGGUCCAAUGGGAUGAUCUUCCGACGCAUGGAAACGAGUUUGACGAUGCGCACUCGAGUUCUGCCUAUGCCUCCGAUGAGAUGUCUAUUGUUGAUAGCGAAGAUCCUCAUGCCGUCGUUGGUAGGAUUGUGCAUAAGGAGAACCCCCCUUUAGUAAACGGCAAACAUGGCGGUGACGAUUACGUCGUCCCAACGAAUCACUAUGAUCAUCAUAUGGAUGAUGUCAAUGGCAACAUACCUACCAUGGAGGACCCCGGUAAUCUUUCGAAGAUCGAACAGCAACUCGAAUGCAGCGCCAUUGCCUUCCAGAAGAAACACCAUGACAAGUUCUCUGCUGUGACGGCUGUCCGUGAAUGGCAGAAAAGGUCUAAUUUUAUCGGCACCCUAUCUGAGCAGUUCGACGCUGCGCGACAGGCUGACCUGGAAGAGGAUCUCGAAGCCAGAUUUGAAGAAUGGAGAGCUUUAUCUGCCGAAGUGGAUCGUGUACCGCCGCAUUAUCUUCCUCCCAAUGUCUACUCGAAGCGCCUCGAAGGGAUUGCUAUACGAGCUCGCGAGAUCCACAAUGCCAAAAUCGCAUUAAGGCGUUGGCGACAAAAUACAAGGGAGCAAAGUCGCAAAGUUCGAAAGGUUGAGGAGUCCUCAGACCCCAUCGAACGUGUUGCAGCAAAGGCGCACAAAAAUUUACUGUUAUCGCGUGCAUUCACGAACUGGUCUAACCGCCUGGAAGAAGAAUCGGAUAGGGCGAAGAUGGCUGCGAAAGUUUAUGAAAUGAGAUUAAAGUCUAAAGCCUUUGGCAUACAUCGUCGACCAAACGAGGAUGCUCCAAUGAGUGGGACUCGCGAUAGUCCCGUCGACGUUUCACCUCCUGCUUAUAUUGCCAGUUCGGAGGACGCUCCCAAGCCCCUACCACCCAGCGAAAAUCCAGCAUCUAAUGUUCUUAUCAACCACGCCGGGCCACCUAACCUUGUAACUGAUGUUGAUGAGAAGAUGUCUCAUGAGGCCCCUGCGAAGAAUAUCGGCUCUAAUGGCGAUCCGGAUGAUUCCGAUGACGACGAAAUGGACGAAAUAACAUUACUUGCACGGCGGCAUAUCCUUCGUAUGCGUUAUUAUGAUAUCUGGGAGAAGUACACGGCAGAUAAACGGAAUAAGGCCAGAGAAUUUCAAGUCGAGCAACAAAUUGAACGGGUUGCACAAACUAUUCCCGUGUGGCGCACCCAGGCAGAGGAGGCUUCUCAGCAGCAAGAAACUCUGCGGUACAAUGCCAAAAGGGCUAGCUACUACAACAAGGCUAUAAAAGCGAUAGACGUAUGGAGGCAAGAGAACGCGGAGAGAAUGCAAGGGCAUGAUCAGGUUCUUGAUCAUUAUGCUAGGAGAGCCAAUUUUUACUACAAAGCUACCAAGUCUGUGCCUAUCUGGAGAAGCGAAACCGAGCGUGCUGUCAAGCAGCGAGAAGUUCUCGAGCUUUAUGCCGAUCGAGCUGAAUAUUACAGUGGAGUUACAAAAUCGCUUCCGAUUUGGAGAGCGCAGACAGAACAGGCGGCCGAGCACGAGAAGAAAACACUCGCGCACUAUGCUCAGCGAGCCGACUACUAUUACCGGACCAGGGAUACCUUAUUAUCAUGGCAAGAGUUAGCUAAAAAGAAGCGAAGGCAGAGGUUGAAAGAUGCGCAUCUGGAGACUCGCCGCCUUGUAAAGAAAGGUAUGGGAGAACGGUGUAUUGCACAAUGGCGAGAGAAGCUACAGCCGAGCUUCGAACGGUACGAAGCAAUGAAUGUAAUUUUGGAAGACAUUAUUGCGGAUCGAGAAUAUCGACAAAGCAUGGAUACAUUCGACAUAUGGCGUGAGAGGACGCGAGAACGGAUUGAAAUGGGUGUCAUGAGCGAUGCAAUGGUUACAGAAAAGGCCUUGCAGCAAUGGAGAGACCAGUCAGGACGUCAUGAAGAUUUGCAUAUUGAAGCUGAACAGCACUGGGAGGAGACGGCUAAAUCUAAGGCUCUGAAAAAAUGGAACCUUACCACACUCCAAAUGCCGAAUCGACCUCUCAUGGUAGCAAAUGCGCUGGAGAAGAAAGAGAGAAGGUUGCUGCGAACACGAUUUGAGAGUUGGUAUGGUCGAACAGCAGACAAACUUGUCCCCGUUGAGCUCCCCAAUGGAAACUACAGGAGUGUGGAUCAAGUAGUGGAAGACGCCCAGCAUCGAGCUUCACUUAGCCAGGCGCGAGGUUUGCUUGAUAAAUGGCAAGCGGCUGCAAAGACUAAGAGCGAGACUGUUCAGGAGGAGCCAUAUAUACCAACUCCAGGAAGACCGCGUCUUUUCCUAGGAAGCUUGGGUACAACUACCCCUUUAGCACCCCCUCCCGCUCGACUAAACUGGCGGGCUAGCGAGAUGGCGCCUAGAGGAUCAGCCAUUAGAGGCAGGACUAAUCGUUCGGGUCGUCCGGAAAAGAAUCUUAGGGUCUCGUGGGCGUAAUAAUCAAGUAAUGGAAAGCAUUGGCGGCGUUGCGGGUUCGUCCUAUUUUUAUACUACGGGAAUAUGCAUGGAAUAGGCUAGGCUUACCGGGCCUACACAGUGAUACCCCUUAUUCUGUUGAUUGGGAGAUCUGGAAUGUUCAAAGAUAUCCAUAAUAGAAAACAUAUUGAAUUAUGCCUCGGUCCUUGUCUUAACGUGCUUGGAUAAUAUUAUAAAAGACUGAUUAUGGAGAUAUUUCUUUUGCACUUAGAUAGCC